AUGGCUAGUUCCUCUGCAGGCCUAAGCCCUGGUGCGACAGCCACUGCCUCACUGAAAGUCUCGACCUCGGACCUCGCGAGUUCUAUAUCUUCAGACCCAAAUGAUUCCUUCCCCAAUGUGUUUGCUACGGCUAGAAUGGUUGCAUUGAUGGAGAUCGCAAGCGCCAGAGUCCUCCAACCAUAUCUUGCACCUGGCGAGCUCUCUGUUGGUGUUACCGUUGAAGUUGGCCAUACUGCCCCGACACCCGUGGACGCACAAAUUAUCGCAGAGGCAACUUACAAGGAGAGAGACGGGAAGCUUUUUGUUUUCGAUGUUGUUGCGAAAGAUGAGGGUGGAGAGAUUGGGAAGGCUUUGCAUAAAAGGGCCAUCGUUGAUGUAGCUAGAUUGGAGGGAAAAGCUUCGAAGAGAGUUUCUGCAUCCUCAUGA